UAAAGAGGUUAGUAAGGUUAAGAAUUCACAUGGUUAAAUUUGAUAAAACUUAAAGUACAAUUUAUUUAAUCAUGAAAGUUUGAUCAAAUCUAUUAUUAUGUUUAUUAAGGAACAAGUAUAUUAGUUAUCGUGAUGUCAUUCCUUAAAAGUAAAACAUUGCGUUAUGGUGUUCCAUUUGUAGUUUUAAUCGUUGGUGGAUCGUUUGGACUCAGAGAAUUUACACAGUUGAGAUACACGUACAGACAACAAACAGCGUAUUACACAGAAUCAAAGAAAUUAGGUAUAGAAGUUAAAAAACCAGGUGAAGUUACUUUAGAAAGCGAAUAUGAAAAAUUAAAACAACUGGAUAUUAAUAAUUGGAAAAAUAUUAGAGUACCAAGGCCCUGGGAAGAAUAAAUAAAAGAACCCCCAAAAAUUAGUUAGUUCUUACAUAAAAAAUAGGCAGUGUGUUUUAAUGUAGAACUUGGCAGUGCUAAUGUAUAAUUCGAAUAACACUCAUAAAGGUAACAGUUUCAGAAAUACAUAACAAAAAUAUUUUUAAAAAUACAUUCGUUCAACAUAUGCAUAUUGUCCAGAUUUAAUUGAUUUCAUUCUAACUUCAAUGACUCUUCUGUAAGUAUAAAUAUUUAUUUUAUAAAUAUUUAAUAUGUAAAUAAUUUUAAUAGAAAGACUUACUUUUUUUAAAUCCGAACAUAUUUAAUAACUUUAAUUGUCCACGCUCAGAAGAUAUUCGCUUACUUCUAUGGAUUUGUUUGGGUGCCGCUUUUUUAUUGAUUUUCUGAAAAAUAUUAAAUAUUAAAGAUUAAAAAAAUUUUA